CCCUAAACCCAAACCGCCCGUCCUUUUUUCUCUCACAACCGCAAAGCCAAACACCAAGAUCUACACAGCCAUGGACAACGUCUCAUCUUUGGAGUGCCUGAAAUUCGAUUCCCAGUCGAAGGUGCUCUGUAAGGACGGCGGCGGAAAGGACCUUUUAUCUUCAGCUAUGGUCCCCAUCAACUGCGAUACGCCAAUAACCUGGAGCGAGGCUUAUGAAUCCGAGACUGAUGAUUCCGAGACUGAUGAUUCCGAGGUUGAUGAAUCCGAGGCUGACGUAUCUGAAACUGAUGAAUCUGAGACUGAUUAUUCGGAUACUGAUGAUUCGGAGACUGAUGAUUCAGAGACUGAAAAACUUAUUAGUCAUGAAUGUGGGUAUUGUUUAAAGGUGGGUGAUCACUUUACGCAAGUAUGCCCUUACAGGAAUAAUGUCCCAGAGAACGCAAUUGUUGGCAAGAGGUGUGUGGUAAUUUGUCAUUGUUGUGGGUGCCACUUUAGAGACUCACGUUGUUCCAGAUGUGGCGGAAGCGAUGGAUUCGCAAUUCUCAUGAAUUGUAUACAUUGUGGGAAUUAUGGUGAACACAUGACUUAUAUGUGUCCGAACCGCAAGCCGAGUCCCCACUUAUGUUCCUUGUGACCCUAAUACUAGUUCUUGUUUUUUCAAUUUAAAUAGUAGUAGAGAACGGAGGGUUAACUUUACUCUAAAAUUUAAAGUAAAGAUUAAAUGUUAAUUUCAAUUUAACAAAUAUUUAGAUUUUUUAUUUAAAUUUUUUUAAAAUAA